AUGAAGACUAAAUGGGAAGCGAUAAGAAGAACGAUUCUAUUCAGUACUCAACUGCAGGUGUGUCAAAAUGAUCAACAUGAAACCUAUGUUUCUCUCAUGUGUAUUUGUAGUUCUUGGAAAGGUAUCGAUAGGAAUUUGAAGCUCUCUUACAAGGUGACAUCAACUCUAGAUCCGUAA